UGUCGGCUUCGCGAGGGUCGUUAAAGAUAAGAAACCCCCGAGAUGCAAAAACUUGCAAUAUGCAAUAUAAGAACGGUACUAAGUAUAAGUGAAUCAUCGUGUAUAAAAAUACGAAUCAGAAUGAAAGGAAAAUUUAUAUCAAGAUUUUUAAGCGUUGUAUUUUUGUCUUGAAUUUUUUGACACAAGCGAAACGACGAAAGCGACAUUGAAGUGGGCUUAUCAUCUUCUGAGAUUCGCUGUAUUCAGACUGACAUAACAUAGAAAUGGAAAAAUCAUGGAUGGAUCUUGGGAUGUAUGGUUCAGAUUCUCUGAAUUGCAACCAAAGCAAGAGAAAAAUGGAGCGAGUGACUCUUGAGCAAAAGGAAUUAUUUGUGGACUUUAUUAGCGAAAAUCCAGAAAUGAUUACCCAUUCCAGUACACGAGAAAGCGAAAAAGUUUUGUGGGACGAACUUGUAAGCACACUAAAUAAUAUGAAACCAGAAAAGAAGUACGAUUUCUGGAAAAUAUUCUGGAAUAAGUGGAUCAAAGGACUUAAUGACAAACCAGACAAUUCACUAACAAUAUUGGACUAUAAAUUGAAAAAAUUUUUGAAAAAUCUAGGCUUCAACAGUGGAUCAGAAACUAAGGAAAAAAAAGAAAAAAGUAAUUUAACCAUUGCAGAAAUCAAUGAAAGCUUAAAAAAAGUGAAAGAGGAAAGAUCCAAGAAUAAAUUGGAAAUGGAUAAUUUGGACUAUACUAUAGUCAAACUCAAGAAUCAGAUAAAUGAAAUAAAAAAUCAGCUCAAGGAGAAGAGAAGAUUGAAUUCAAAUUUAGAACAAAAAAAAAAUUAUUUAAUUACAAAAAAGAGAAAGUUAGAGGCGGCGGACAUAGUACUGAUGAACAUUGGUACUGGAAGUAAUAAGAGUUUUUAAUUUUUUUAACUUACUUCUAAAAACAAUUACUUGGAGCAAAAAUAUUAUGUUAUUUAUCAUGUGUUGCUUUAACAAAGAUUUUUGCUGUGUACACUAGCUUAUUUAUAUAAUUGCUUGUAUAACAAAAAAAUGUAUGCAUUGUACUGUAACCUAAUUAUCUAUAAAUAAUAAUGCGUUUAUAAAUGCACUUUGAUAUU